UUCAGCACCGCGCAUGGCCUGUCUUUUCUGCGUGACCAAUAUUAUAUCAAACCAAGUGACCUUUCUUUCCCACUUCCUAUUCUCAGAAGCUACGUUAACAUGAUUGAUCCGGUCGGCGCACCUCUUGCAAUUUUUGCGACUCUGGUCUGGUGCUAUGGCGCCGGUCACAAUCUCGUGAAGAAAUGGCAAAUGUAUCAGCAGGCUGAUGAGCGAAUUCGAGAUCAUACUGUCCAGCUCAACGAUCACUGUAUCAGAUUAGACGCCCAGAGCAAGUUGCUGGAAACAGUCUGGAGCGGCCUCAGCACCCGACACAAAACGCAUUUCGAAGACCUAGCCCAAAUCUUGAAGCGAAAUCUCCAGGCAGCUACAGAUAAUCUUACUGGGGCCGAAGAGCGAAAACCCCGUCGCUUUCAACGACUGAGAAAGAAGGCAAGCUCGGAAGCGCUCCGGUAUUCAUUUGUAUUUGAAGCAAUUGAGGAUUCCGUCAAAAAACUCGAAAGUUGGCAUACGCGAUUCGACUCUGCGUUUUACCUACUCACCCGCGUUGCCGGCAUUAAUCUCGACCCUCGGCUCGGCGAAAAUGAUUCGGCGCCGGGGCAGCCUGUUAGGCGACUGCGACUGUUAAGGAAAGCAGUUGGAGGAGCAGCUUCAGAACAGAAUCAAUGGCUCUCUGCGAGCGCGGGCUAUUCCUUCCAGAGCAUGAUCCCGUAUUCUUCUGUUGGGUCUGCUUUGUAUGGCUCUCAGCAGGUGCUUGUGGAUACUUUAACGCCAGACUCGCAGGCCGAGCUCGAUCGCACUUCCAAAAGCAUUCACGAUCUCGGCGAGAUCCUAAAACAAUCAGAUGCAAGCACCUUCGGUCUCCUGAGCUGUUUGGGCGUAUUCUACCAGGCACCUUCGUCGGCCACAGCUCAUCGACCGAAAUAUAACAUGCUGUUCACACUGCCUGCCGGACUUCGGAGCCCAGUAUCUUUACGCUACUUACUUCGACAAAAGAACUCGGAUUCCUCAAUGAACGAGCGGCUGAACUUGGCAAUAGGCCUAGCCAAGUCCCUUUUAUUCGUGCACAAUUCGAAGUUCGUUCACAAAAACAUCCGUCCUGAAACAGUUGUUGUCUUCUCCGAUAACGAGUCGAAACUUGGCAAGUGCUUUCUUAUGGGCUUUGAGCAAUUUCGGCCGGCAGAUGGAUGGACUCGCCGUAAAGGAGACGCCCGAUUGGAGAGACACGUCUACCGGCACCCAUCACGGCAAGGAUUAUACCCCGAAACUGAUUAUAUGAUGCAGCACGAUAUUUACAGCCUAGGCGUUUUGCUACUCGAGAUUGGGUUGUGGACUUCAUUUGUUGAGUACGAUAAGGACAAGAAGCCAACUCUAUUGCCUUUCAUCGGCACCAAAGAGAUCCUAGCCGACAAGCAAGAAAAGAGGAGGUCUUUGGCUUUGAAGGCUCGUCUUAUGGAGGCAACGGGGUAUCUGCCAAAUCGCAUGGGCAGACGCUACACCGAUGUAGUGCUUACAUGCCUAAGUUGCUUGGACGACACGGAAGAGAAUAUAUUCGGGCACGAGAGUGAAUUCACGGAUUCCGAUGGCGUCGGUGUCGCAGUGAGGUUUUCCGAGACGGUGCUCGAGCAGUUGCAAAUGAUUACAAUCUAG